AUGUAGGAAUUAAUCGAGAUUGGCUUAAAAAAAGUAUUGCCAGGAAUUUUAAUAAAUCAAAUAGCAUUCUACUCUUUAUAUAAGAUUUUAAAGAAUAAUGAGUGUAUUGUUGAUGUAGCAUACACAGUGAGUCAUUUAGUUGCAGGAUCUAUCUAUGCCUAUCAUUUUGGACUUUCCUCUUUUGAGAGCAAAUUUAAAUUGGGAUUGCUUGCUCUGUGGACUGCCAGAUUAGCAGGAUUUUUGUUCUAUUAUAGAAUAAUGAGAGGAUUUAGAGAUCCUAGAUAUGAUGUCAUUUUCUAAAAAUAUAAAAAAGAGACUUUAAAAAGAGAUGUUGUUGUAUUUUGCCAAUACAUUUUCCAAGGAUUCAUAGUUUUUGUGACAAGCUCUUCGUUGUACUUUUUAUUUAAGAAUUAAUUGAAUCCAUUUUAAUUGGCAAUUUUAGGAACAUCAAUAUUCUGGAUAUAUUUUGAAGGUUUAGCAGACCAUCAAUUAUAACAAUUCAAAGAUUCAAAGAAUAAGCCUCAAAACUCAAUAUGUCAGGAUGGCUUAUGGAAAAAGAGCAGACAUCCAAAUUUAUUUUUUGAUUUAAUGACUUGGACAACUAUUGCCAUUGCUAGCAUUAAAUCAAGACAUGAUUGCUUAGCUUUGAUCAGUCCAUUAGUUUUAUAUUAUGUAAUGGCCGGUUUGACAGUACCAUUAACAGAAAGAUUGAUGAAGAAAAAAAGAGGAGAUCAAUUUAUCCAAUAUUGUUCAAAUACCAAUAAAUUUUUACCUAUUUGA